AACACAGCGCUCCAACCCGCCAAGCUUAUCCCCCCUAACUCAUUAACCACCUAACGCUCGUUUUUAUUCUGUAGCCCCAGUGCAUUUUAGCGGUCGGUAGCUGUGAUCAAGAAUCCUGAUCCCAAACCAAGCAUCCUUGCCCUUGUUUUGACCCGGGAGCAAAUCUUCUCCCCUUGUCCAUUAUUCUCCGCGUCUUCCGAAGUUCGUUCUUUAUCUAUCUUAACGUAAACUCUUUUUUUAUCGACUCACCCGACCAAACCUAUUUGUUGUGACAACCUUUAAGCUUCUUUUUUUUUUUUUCACCCUUCUCAUACUCUGUUUCUUUUUACGUUCUUUUCUUUGCAGUCGGCACAUGCCGCAAUAGAAGACAUCAUGGCUCAAGCGCAAACUCAACAGGAUGAACAAGAUUUGGGUGAGCCGCAGUUUGCCUACCACGCCGUCGUCGAGCCAAUCUUCAUCGUCGGUGUCAUGAUCGCUUCAUGCUACUUCAACCGCCUCCGAAACUUCUCCAUCAUCCCUUCGUCAAAGAGCGCCGACCAAGGUCUCCUCGGCCAAUCGAAGCCGGAGCCAUGGGACGAGGAGGACGUCCACGACGAGACAGAACGUCUCAACCUCGCUGACGCAGCGUCGCCGACGGAAACACACCCGCCCAAGAAGAGAACGUGCUGCGGCACUGUGGUUCACACGCCCAACUCGAGCCGAUACGCCAAAUACUGGCACUCGCGCUUCAUACAAAAGUUUCCGUUCCUCGUGGAGAUGUUCUACUGGGUGGUCAAUCUACUCUUCUACGUCGGCGUCAAGUCGGCGAGUGAGCUUAUCGCCGCCACGGAUGGCGUCUGGCAGACUGCGGAGAACCAUGGAAAGGCGGUCUUGUGGUUUGAGCAUGAGGGCCCGUUUAGCUGGAUGUUUCCUCUGCGGGAGAUUGAUGUCCAGAGCUUCUUCAGGAACGAUCACCAGACGAUGCUGACCAUCUUGAACCGCGCUUACUCCCUGAUUCACAUCCCCGUCACUGUCAGCUUCCUUGCAUGGUAUUACUACGCCGCACCGACGCACGCCCAAUUCGCUGAGGCUCGUCGCAUGAUGACGCUCACAAACCUCUUCAGCUUCGUUGUCUUCACAACAUACCCAUGUAUGCCACCGCGUCUCCUCCCCGAGGAAUACGGUUUCUUCGACACCGUCCGCCGCGAAGACGCCGAGUCAAUCUACGCCACCAACAAGUUCUUCAACCAACUCGCCGCGUUCCCCUCGCUUCACUUUGGGUACUCUUUCUGCAUCGGCACUGUUCUCCUGUACCACUCUGGUCUGUUCCGCCGACGCCUUGCCCCCCGCGAGAAGCGCAUGAGCAAGGCGUGGCAGGUGUUCUUCGUGGCGCUGAGCAUCUUGUACCCCGCGUUUGUGUUGACUAUCAUUGUUGCUACGGCGAAUCACUACUGGCUUGAUGCUCUGGCUGCUACAGGUGUUGUUCUGGUUGCUUGGCUGUCGAACCGUAUCUUGCUUGGUCUUUUGCCCUUGGAGGAUCUGUUCCUCUGGUGUGUCAAGCUGGAGAAGCCCUUCCCUACGACUGGAAACCGGGGAGGAAAAUAAAUGACACUCAGCAUGCUUUAUUCAAUCAUCACAUAACGAUAUCCCAUAGCAACUCAUCGCAAUGAACAAAUUAAUGUUAAUCUAGAAUAAUGCCAAUACACGCACGCUUCCUCUUGAACCCCCACUUCACGAUAUCCCACAACACGAUAUGCUCACGUGCUCACCUUUAAACAAGGCUUGACCCAUGCUCGCCUCGUCUGGCGGUGCGGAGUAUGUGAAAUUAUGGUGGAGUUUUGACCAUCCCCUUUAUGCGCUUGACGGAAUUGAAUGUGGGGCCUGCUAAAGGAUCGGACCCGACGAGAUUACCGUGCCGAAUCCCACGACGGAAGACGGAGGUUGAAUGAAACGCCGUUGGGGUGAUUAAAAUCUGACCGACUUGUGGCACCAUUAAAUUCUGGCUGACGAGAGACGGGCUGAACGAACGCGCGGACGAACAAAUACGCGUAGAUAAGAUACGAGCGAAAUACGCCAAAUACGCGUAGGUUUCACGGCGACUAUUGAUCGGCAUCGGUGAAUACAAAAUGUCGAGAAUCGGGGUCUCGGACGUUGGAAUUAGAGUUCAAUUAACUUUCAAGCUUCAAAUUUUCACUCAAGGGGCAGUUCAUUCAUUCCUAUCGAUUUCCUUUGGUCCAAUCACGCCGUGAAAGAGACUCACUUGUCCAAAGGACCCUGCAUUGCUUGUCUGGACGACAUUGCAUCCGACGAAGCCGGUUGCACUACGAGGUGUGAGAUUCUUAUGUCGUGUUUGAGAUCUCACGUACAGAAGUUCUCCGGGAUGGGGAGUGCACUACGCAACGUCGCUGAAUUAAAAAUGAGCCAUUUAUUUGAGUACUCGGAAUCGAAGCAUGCAUGUAUAUGCCGAUGAUUCCGUAGACUAAAGCAGAUUCGCAGCUUCUAAUUGUUCUAGAAUUGAAGAUGAUCUGAUGGUGUUGAAAAUCUAAGUCAGGUACCCUGAAGCUCUCCGCCAAGAAUGGAUCCGUUCCCCAGACCCUGAAAAUCCAGCGCAAAUCUUUUGUGUGCGAUGUUCAGGGUCCAGUCCUGGUGAGAUGUUGUGAAACGUCAAUCGGAACACAAGUUUUGCGAUAAUCUUGGCUGUGCGAUGCAGAUUUCCAUAGCUGGUUGUCGCAAUCUUUCGUACAGCGCUGUUGGUGCACCACUGUACCCUGUACUUGAUGCGACGCAGUUUGAUCAAUCCACGACCCAAUAUAAUCCAAGACCAGUUGAAGAGUCCAAGGCAUCUGCAAGACUGACAUGAAUUAUAAGGUCUUGGCAAAGACUUAGGAUAAUAUUAUCAUAAACUUUGUACAAGUUUUCUAAUCCUUAGGACUAAGUCUAGGGUCAAGUUUAGGUCUUUGUUUGCAAUCUCAUACGAAACACAGCUUGACAAUUGAUGUGAUUGACGACGGCGGGCUACUAGUUACAUCGACAUGUGAUAACCCUGCUCUGCCCAUCCAUAAGCUUUGAUAUGAUACCCAUUGUUUUCUUUUUAUCCUUGCCUCCCAUCGAUCGUCGUUUACUUCUUAGCGACAGCCUUGGCGAGGUCAGCCAAAGCCUCACGACGCUUGAACUUGGCAUCCUCAAUGACACCCGCAUCAGCAUCGCUCGAAAAGUUUCCGCUCCAGGUGACAAAAGUAGCGCCCUCGUGCUUUCCAGAGGUGACGGGGUAGGCGCGCACAGUGCUGACGACAGAGGUGUAGCUGAGGGCGGGCUGCGACGAGAUGACGCUGUAGGUGAUGUAGUGGUCGAUGGACGAGUGCUCCUCCUGCUUGACCUCGAGGACAGUGCCGUCCUUGAAGGUCCACUUGACGAUGUCGGUGUCGGGGGAUACGCCCUUCACCCACUCGCUGGAGGAGAGGGCCGAGUAGAACUUGGAGAAAUCUUGCAGCUUGAUCAGGUGCCAGACGUCGCUGAAGGGGGCUUCGAUGACGGCGGACUCGAGGACCGAGGUGGAGGUGGGGAUGCGAGACAUGAUUGCGGUGAGCGUGAAGCUGAUGUCGGAUUGAUUGAUUGAUUGUGUUCCUUUGAUGGAUUGAUUGAGUGAAGUGGUUGUUGUUGGAAGAAGGUAAAUAGAGGGGUCACAGAAAGAUUUGUGGUGGUUACUUUAGUGUCGUCAUAGGCAGCUCAGAGCUCUCUACAUUGGGCAAUAGCUACACCAGCUGUGCCGUUUUGAGGAAUGAGGUGCCUAAGGCAAUCAAUGUCGUCACCAUUAAUCACACAAUUCACUGAACCAUUUGGGAAUAUCUUCACAUUAUCUAUCUAUCUGCUGUACAGUAUCUUCACUCAAUUGCGACA